GUGCUCGGGAAACCAGGCAGCCUCUACGUUCCCAUCAAUGUGAAAGGGAUUCCAAUUCAAACAACCGUGAAUGCGGCUGGUGGAUCAGCUUCAGCCGCUUUGCGGAUUGCUCGCGCCCUUUACGUGAAGCUGGAGGAAGGCACAGCUAAAGAGGUGGCCCUGGCUUUCCGCAAGGAGUGCUAUGAGAAGGUGAUGGCAAGUAUCAAAGGCAAGCAGGAAGUUCCGAACGGGACCAACAACAACGCCAGCAAAGGAGGAACAGCAAAGGACGACAAAAAGAAGAAGGAAGAGGUGAACAAGACGACGAAAGAAGGGCAGGACAAGAGCAAGGAGCAGAAGAAGGAAGGUAAGGAGAAGAAGGACAAGAAAGAUUCCAAAGAAGAAAAAAAGCAGGAACUUAAGGAAGAGAAGCAAGAAAAAAUUGAGAAGAAAGAGGAAAUGAAGGAGGAGCCAAAGGAAGAACCCGAAGAGGAUGACAAUGGACCAGUGGCGACAGCGAAAGUGACAGGGCCGACUGGGACGCCAACUCUGAGGGGCAAAGUGCCUAAUCUCGCUCCUGAAUCUUUGCAAUCCUACGAUCCUGGCUCCGCGGGGCUGAGUGAAGCAGCCCUGGCGGCCCUGCCACCUGACGCCACGGAGAAGGAGGUUUUUGAUAAGGUGAAGCAGCGAAGAGUGGAGCAAGGCGUCAUUGUCAUUGACUUCGAUGGCACCCGGAUGCAAGUCACCAGCAAGCCACUGGGAGAGAAUUGGUACGCCGCCUUCCGCAUUGCACGUGCCUGCUACAUGAAGCUGCGCGAUGGCAUGUCCAAGGAGGACACCCUGGCCUUCCGCAGCAAGUGCUAUCAACAGUUCACGGAAGCUGUGGGCCUUCCAGCUUCAAAGCCCCGGGGUACAAAGAGGAAGAAGACUGAGCGUGCCGAAAAGUCCGAAAAGAAAAAGAAGAAGGAUAAGAAGGGCAAAGAAGACAAGAAGGACAAGAAGGACAAGAAGUCCAAAAAGAAGAAAAAGAAGAAAAAGAAGGCCACAACAAGCAGCAUCUCCUCUGCUUCGUCAAGUGAAAGCGAUAGCGAGAGCUACAGCGAGAGUGAGGCCGAAUCGGAAUACCCUUGGCCAAAACAACAUGCGUGUGCCAAGAUGUUAGUUCGCAGCGGUUUGA